AUGAGUCCUGUUUAUGGAGCUAGGUUUAGGCUUGAGAGGGUGUUGAGGAAGUUGGGGGGGUUGUCUGUUGCUGCUUUGAGGGUGAAGGAGGAGGAGCAGAGGUUGGGGAAAGGGAGGAAGGAAGGAAGGAGGAGUGGGUGGGUGGGAAGGGGGAUUAUGUCGCCCGUUACACCUAUUUUGUCGGCACCUGGCUUGGGAAGGGGGGUUGGGAGGAAGAAGGAGUGGAAGCCUGUGGAAGAACAGAGGUUCGAGUUGCCGGGGAAGUUGAUGCUGGAUUCGCCUGGGGUUGGGGAGGAAUUGGGGGGGGUGCCGGUUGGGUUGGCUGUAUGA